AUGUCGACACGUUCUUCACUCUCAUCGGACUCGUCGUCCGAGGCGAGCGAGACCCAAGAACGUAUCCAUGCUAUCCAGACACCUGGAUUGGAUCAAGCACAGCAGGAGUACUUCGGUAACGAUGAUCGCCAUGCCGAUAUCAUUCGGACGUUCACGCGCGAUGAAGACCGUCCUGCAUUGGCUCACCUGGCAUCCCUUCUCACCAGGGGCGAAACCCGGAGGACCCGCGAAAGUGCUACACGACAAGGCACUCUGGAACGCAAGGAUACGCUUGCUGGAAUAGAGGAGGAUGACCCCGUUCUCGACCCCGGGUCCAGCCAAUUCGACUUCUACAAAUGGGUCAGGAUGUUCAUGCAUCAAAUGGAGACAGAUGGAAUCAAGCACAGGAGAGCCGGCUUCAGCUUCAAGAAUCUCACCGUCACUGGCACUGGUUCGUCAAUUCAUCUUCAGGAAGACUUAUCAGAUGUGUACAUGGCACCUGUCCGCAUCUUCGAAAAGAGCGGGAACAAGCAGGAAAAGAAAAUUCUCCGAGACUUUAACGGCGUCUUGAAGCACGGAGAAAUGCUGAUAGUGCUUGGCAAACCUGGCUCAGGCUGUACAACAUUCCUCAAGACGAUGACUGGCGAAACGAGAGGCUUGAAUGUCGCAAAGGAGUCCGUUGUGCACUACAAUGGUAUUCCUCAGGACAUCUACAAGAAAGAGCUCCGAGGCGAUGUCACCUACAACGCAGAAACCGAUCAACACUUUCCCCACCUUACGGUUGGUGAGACUCUCGAAUUUGCAGCGAAGGCGCGCACACCGUCGAACAGAGUUCGCGGGCUUAGUCGGAACGAUUUCGCUAAGCAUGUCACGCAGGUGGUAAUGACAAUCUUCGGUCUUAGCCACACAUACAACACCAAAGUCGGCAACGACUAUGUCAGAGGUGUCAGCGGCGGUGAGCGGAAGCGAGUUUCCAUUGCUGAGAUGGCGCUGAGCGGUAGCCCGAUUUGCUGCUGGGAUAAUUCGACGAGAGGUCUCGAUGCUGCGACAGCGCUUGAGUUCACGAAAGCUCUACGUAUCAUGGCCAAUAUUGGAGGCGCUACGCAAGCUGUAGCCAUCUAUCAGGCCAGUCAAGCCAUCUACGAUCUGUUCGACAAAGCCAUUGUGCUGUAUGAAGGCAGGCAGAUCUACUACGGUCCUGCUGGCGAGGCGAGGGCUUACUUCGAGGCCAUGGGGUACCACUGUCCGGCAAGGCAGACCACGGGGGACUUUCUCACGUCAGUGACGAAUCCGUCCGAAAGACGCGCGAAGGAAGGAUUCGAGGACAAGGUGCCGCGCACGCCUGAUGAAUUCGAAAAGUACUGGCGGGCGUCGGAGAAUUGCAAACGCGGCUUGGCUGAGAUGGAGGAGCAUGAAGGUGACUACCCCAUUGGUGCCGACGGGACCAUCGGAACAUUCAGAGAUGCUCAACACGAGGCACAAGCAAAGCAUGUCAGACGCAAAUCACCCUACAUGAUUUCAAUUCCUAUGCAAAUCAAGCUCUGCACGACUCGCGCUUACCAAAGGUUAUGGAACGACAAAACAUCGACGAUAACGAUCAUCGGCAGUCAGAUCAUCAUGUCGUUGAUCAUCGGCUCUAUCUUCUACGGCACACCAAACUCGACGGCAGCUUUCUUCUCCAAAGGCUCGAUUCUCUUCUUUGCCAUUCUCCUUGCUGGUCUCAAUGCCAUCACUGAGAUCAACGGUUUGUAUGAGCAGAGACCGAUUGUGGAACGCCAUGUCAACUUUGCCUUCUACCAUGCCUUCUCCGAAGCGAUCGCUGGUAUAGUCAGCGACAUUCCGAUCAAGUUCAUCACUUCGGUCUUCUUCAACAUUAUCCUGUAUUUCCUCGGUGGUCUCGAUUAUGACGCAGGGAAGUUCUUCUUCUUCUACCUGAUCACAUUCAUGACCGGUCUUGUCAUGUCUGCCAUCUUCAGAACUCUGGCAGCCGCAACCAAGAACAUCGCCACAGCACUCGCAAUAGCAGGCGUUAUGAUUCUUGCAAUCGUUGUGUACACUGGCUUCACGAUUCAAAGGAAAUACAUGCACCCAUGGUUCAAGUGGAUCUCGUGGAUCAACCCGGUGGCGUACGGCUACGAGUGUAUCUUGGCGAGCCAAGUCCAUGGCGUCCGCUACGAUUGCUCGACCCUCGUACCACCAUACGGUGUCGAUGUCGGACCCAAUAACUUCGCAUGCGCUGUGCAGGGAGCAGUAGCCGGCGAAACGACCGUAUCGGGCGACGCCUGGAUGAACACACAAUAUGGCUACAGCUUCAGUCAUGUUUGGCGCAAUUUUGGCUUCUUGGUCGCUUUCUUGCUCUUCUUCUGGGCUGUCUACAUUGCAGCCACCGAGCUCAACUUUGCUUCGGCGUCAAGUGGAGAAUUCUUGAUCUUCCGACGUGGACAUGUUCCAUCGUACUUGACAGACAGCCCAGACGAGGAGAACCCUCAAGCUGUGGAAGCAAAGCAAAUCCAGUCGGUCAGCUCAGACGACAAAACAAAGGACGACGAAGCCCUUAACGCCAUCCCAGCUCAGAAAGACAUUUUCACGUGGCGAGAUGUGGUCUACGACAUUGAAAUAAAGGGUGAGCCGAGGCGACUGCUCGACCACGUCAGCGGCUGGGUGAAGCCGGGCACGCUAACAGCUUUGAUGGGUGUCUCUGGUGCGGGCAAGACGACUCUCCUGGAUGUACUAGCACAACGGACCACUAUGGGUGUCAUCACAGGCGAUAUGCUGGUGAAUGGCAAACCACUAGAUGCUAGCUUCCAGCGAAAGACCGGAUACGUCCAACAGCAGGAUCUGCAUCUGGAAACGACAACCGUUCGUGAAGCAUUGAGAUUUUCCGCUAUGCUGCGGCAGCCGAAAUCGACUCCGAAGGAGGAGAAGCUUGCUUACGUUGAGGAUGUGAUAAAGAUGCUACAUAUGGAAGACUUCUCCGAGGCAGUGGUGGGCAACCCGGGUUCUGGUCUCAACGUCGAACAGCGGAAGUUGUUGACCAUCGGUGUUGAGCUUGCCGCAAAGCCUGCUCUUCUUCUCUUCCUGGACGAGCCAACAUCUGGUCUUGACUCACAGAGCUCUUGGGGCAUUGUAGCAUUCCUGCGCACUUUGGCAGACAACGGACAAGCAGUGCUGGCCACGAUCCAUCAGCCGUCAGCCAUUCUCUUCCAGGAAUUCGACCGCCUUCUCUUCUUGGCCAAGGGAGGCAAGACGGUGUAUUUCGGCGAUAUUGGCCACAACUCAAGAACUCUUCUGGACUACUUCGAGGGCAACGGCGCUCGCUCAUGCGGCUCUGAAGAGAAUCCUGCCGAAUUCAUGCUUGAGACUGUAGGGGCUGGUCCUGGAGGCAAACCUACAGCAGACUGGCCUGCGAUCUGGAAAGAAUCUCCACAGUCAAAGGGUGUUCAAGAAGAAUUGGACCGCAUCCAUGCCGAGAAAGCGAAGGAGCCUCCAGCCGGAGACUCUAACACAAACGCCGAAUUUGCCAUGCCUCUGAGUGCCCAGAUCAAGGAAACUGUCUACCGAGUAUUCCAGCAGUAUUGGCGAACGCCAGGUUACGUCAUGGGCAAGAUUAUCCUUUGCGUGGCGUCCUCACUCUUCGUCGGCUUCUCCUUCUUUCAGCCAGCAGACUCCUCCACCGGCCUCCAGAACUCUCUCUUCUCCCUCUUCAUGCUGGUCACCACCUUCUCAACCCUCGUCCAACAGAUUAUGCCACGCUUCGUACUCCAGCGAUCUCUAUACGAAGUCCGCGAGCGCCCUUCGAAAGCCUACUCAUGGUCCGCCUUCCUUAUCGCCAACAUCAUCGUCGAAAUCCCCUACCAAAUCAUCGUCGCCAUCCUGGUUUGGGCGUGCCUAUACUUCCCCGUCUUCGGCACCAACCAAUCCUCCGAGCGUCAAGGCCUCUUCCUCCUCUUCUCGAUCCAAUUCCAGAUCUUCACCAGCACCUUCGCCCACAUGCUGAUCGCCGCCCUCCCGGAUGCCGAAACAGCAGGCAACAUCGCCACAACUUUGUUCUCGCUCAUGCUCACCUUCAACGGCGUCCUUCAACCACCCAGCGCCCUCCCCGGCUUCUGGCUGUUUAUGUGGCGCGUUAGUCCCCUGACCUAUAUCGUCGGCGGCCUCGCCGCCACAACCAUCUCCGGGCGCCAGGUGACCUGCUCACAAGACGAACUCGCCAUAUUCGACGCCCCCAACGGCCAAACCUGCGGACAAUACCUGGAACAAUACCUCACUCAAGCACCCGGCCAGCUGUACAACCCCGAUGCUACCAACGGCUGCGAGUACUGCUCCCUCAGCAACGGCGACCAGUUUCUCGCCGCCAGCAGCAUCUACUAUGACCAGCGCUGGCGCAACUUCGGGAUCGGGUGGGCGUAUAUCGGCUUCAACAUCAUGGCGGCGAUUGCGCUGUACUGGUUCUUCAGGGUCAGGAAGCGGGGUGGUGGAGGUGGAGCGAAGGCGACAUUGGGGAAGGUGUUUUGGUAUAUUGGGAGGGCAGGGUGGUAUGUGAGGCAUAUGUUUGUGCGGCAUGGGGAGGGGUAUAAGGAGGAUGAGAAGAGGAAAGGGGUUAAUGAUAAGAUCUUUUGA